AUGACUGUUGAUAAUUCAAAAGAUUUUAUGCAAAGAGCUUGGAUUUGGUUAACUUUAUUAUGCUAUUUAAAAGGUAAAGAUACAAAAAAACUAAAAGUAUCUUGGCUUAAAGAACUAGAUAAUGGUGGUAUGCAGCUUGAAUUAUCUAAAGAAAAGAAUCAUGCAGAAGGAAUUAAAGAUCUAUAUGCUAAAUCUGGGAAUAGUUUAAUACUAUCUAAUAUUCUAGGAAAUAUUUAUAUACCUAUUGUAGUUAUUCAAAAAUAUUUAUCAAAAUGUCUAAAUAAUGUUGAUGAUGAUUAUUUUUUUGUUGCUAUAAAUACUCCUAAAAAAGUAUAUCAUGAUGAUUGA